GUUUCUCUCUGGACAGUUCUGGACCGGACCCGUCAUCGUCCAACAGCAGCUGGCUCAGAUACAUCCGCUCGGCACCGUCCUUCCAGCAGCAGAACAUGGUGGCCUGUCACCUCACCGGGGACCAGAUCUACUACAAAACGGUCCGGGACAUCGAGGCGGGGGAGGAGCUACUGGUGUAUAUGAAGGACGGCAUUUUCCCCGAGGGAUCCAUGGCACCCAACCUGCAGGACGAGCAGAUGUACCGCUGCGAGGAGUGCGACGAGCUCUUCUCCUCCACGCUGGAGCUCAGGAGGCAUCAGAAGUACUCGUGCUCCGGCUCCUUCGGCUCCCUGCAGGACGACUUCAAACAGGAGAGAGAGGACAGCGACGAGCCCAUCCACGAGUGCAAGGACUGUGAGAAGAUCUUCCCCAACGAAUACAGUUUGGGUCAGCACAUGAUCGUCCACACCGAGGAGAGAGAGUACAAGUGUGACCAGUGUCCCAAAGCCUUCAACUGGAAGUCCAACCUCAUCCGCCACCAGAUGUCUCAUGACAGUGGCAAGCGCUUUGAGUGUGAAAACUGUGAUAAGGUGUUCACGGACCCCAGUAAUCUGCAGAGGCACAUCCGCUCUCAGCACGUGGGGGCCCGAGCUCACACCUGCCCCGAGUGCGGGAAGACCUUCGCCACAUCGUCGGGACUCAAGCAGCACAAGCACAUCCACAGCAGCGUCAAGCCCUUUAUCUGCGAGGUGUGCCACAAGUCCUACACCCAGUUCUCAAACCUCUGUCGUCACAAGCGAAUGCACGCCGACUGCCGCACUCAGAUCAAGUGCAAGGACUGCGGCCAGUUGUUCAGCACUACCUCUUCCCUCAACAAGCACCGGCGCUUCUGUGAGGGCAAAAACCAUUACGGUUCCCCAGGGGGCAUGUUCAACCCCGGCAUCCCCAUGAGCUCCAGCCCCAUCAUGGCCAAGGCCAAAUCCCACCACCCCCACCUCCCAGGCCUCAACCAGUCCAGUCUAGGCUUCACUGACUACUUUCCCUCUAGACCUCAUCCCCACGCUGGGCUGCCCUUCUCCCCGGGACCCCACGGGUUCCCUUCGCUCCCUCAUGGUUUUCCAGGAAUCUUCCCCCCAUCACUGUACCCCCGUCCAGCAUUAAUGCCCACUAGUCCUUUACUUAAAAGUCCCAUAGGCGGCAACGGUCAGGAGGUAAAACUACCCCGCAGCCCCCUGGACGGCCCCCCGCUGUCUCUGGUCACGUCGACAAACAGCAACGCAGGCAACGGGCACAGUCAACCCGACGACAAAGAGAAGGACCACAAGCUAGACUUAUCCUCGAGCGGAGACGUGAAGCCCAAGUCGAAGGUGACGGAUAUGUCCGACGGCAGCGACCUGGAGGACGUCAACACCACCAGCGGAACGGACCUGGACACAACCACGGGCACGGCGUCCGGGGAAGGGUCGGAUCUGGAGAGCGAGGGCGACAGCGAACGGGAACGCAGUAAGAGGAGAAAGCCAUCGGGGGCAGCAAUGAGCCAGGAGGGCAGCCAGCCGGACGACACGAACAGUACGUUGGCGUCUGCGGUGUCUAGUUCCGGAAACCUCUCCAUCGAACGUUCCUUUCUGAAUGCCUCCUCUCAGCCGUCCUUCUUCCCUCCUCCCGACGAACAAGCCCUCCCGCCCACAUCCACGAACGCCAACGCCGCGGCGACAGACUCCAUCAAAGCCAUCGCGUCCAUCGCAGAGAAAUACUUCGGCCCGGGUUUGAUCGGUUUGCAUCAGGAGAAGAAGAUGGGGCCCUUACCUUACCAUUCGAUGUUCCCGUUCCAGUUCUUGCCCAACUUCCACAACUCGCUAUACCCAUUUGCAGCGGAGCGUGGCGGACUCAAUCCUAGCAUGUUCUUCAAGUCUGAGCCCAAAUCGCCGCGGGAGCACUUACACAAAAUCGGCGGGCAUCUUGCAUCGUCGGCCGAGUCGCCAUUCGAUCUCACAACGAAACCCAAGGAGCCCAAACUUCCCCCACCCGCGCCAACAAACCCACCCCACAACAACAGUAGCACCGGCAGCAGUAGCGGACCUCGGGCGCCCUCUACUGGGGACGAACAGCCAUUGGAUCUUAGCAUCGGCACGCGCAGUCGGACGGGGCAGAACGGCGUGGCUGCGGAACUGCCAAAUCGCAAAAACCACAUCUACAGUGUUGGGAAAAGUUUGUCGGCGAAAGAGGACAGCCUUGCCGCGUUCCCGCACCUUCAUCCCCAGUCGCUGCACCAGUCCAUGAGCCAGCACCAGCAGCCCCCCUCGCAACCCCCACAACCUCCGCCCCUGCACUACGCCAAGCCCUCGGCCUUCUUCAUGGACCCCAUAUACAGCAGGGUGGAGAAGAGGAAGCUGCUGGACCCAGUGGGCGCUCUCAAGGAGAAGUUCCUGCGACCGUCCCCUCCACUUUUCCACACGCAGAUGUCUGCGAUGGAGAACAUGACGGAGAAGCUGGAGAGUUUUGGGGCGUUGAAGUUGGACGGUCCUCCGAGCUCCCUGCAGCACUCCUCACACCCGCUCUUCAACUUCCGCUCGCCGCCGCCCUCCCUCUCCGACGCCAUCCUGCGCAAGGGCAAGGAGCGCUACGCCUGCAGGUACUGUGGGAAAAUCUUCCCUCGAUCGGCAAACCUCACCCGGCAUCUACGGACGCACACCGGAGAACAGCCCUACAGGUGUAAAUACUGUGACCGCUCCUUCAGCAUCUCGUCGAACCUCCAGCGUCACGUCCGAAACAUCCACAACAAAGAGAAGCCCUUCAAGUGUCACCUGUGCAACCGCUGCUUCGGCCAACAGACCAACCUGGACCGUCACCUCAAGAAGCACGAGCACGAGAACAUACCAGUGAGCCAGCAGUCAGGGAUGUUGUCCAAUUUAGGAACCACCAUCUCGUCCCCGAACUCAGAGCCAGACAAUCACGCACUUUUAGACGAGAAGGAGGACUCGUACUUCUCUGAAAUACGCAACUUCAUCUCCAACAGCGAAGUCAACCAGGCCUCCAGCUCCACGGACAAGAGGUCGGACACGGCGGAAGAAGAGCGCCCCCAUGGCCACGGCGUGAGCACCUCCAAACUGGGCCUGCGGGGGCUGGAGGAGGAAGAGGAGGAGGUGGACGGAGACGACGAGGAGGAAGAGGAGGGCAGCCUGACGGAGCGUUCCCAUGACGACGCGCCCGAGUCCCCCUGCCCGCUCACCGCCGGACCGCCCGACUCCCCGUGCCCCCUCACCGCCGGGGCGUCUCCGCUCACGACGGGGGCGUACGAAGAGGACGAAGAGGAGGAGGACCCCGCGCCACUAGCAAUGAGCUACGAACACACGCGCAGGCUUAUGCAAUGAUGCUGUCUCUGUCGGAGAACAACCCUCUGCACGCUCCAUCACAGAGCUCGCUGGACGCUUGGCUGAGUAUGGGCGGAGGACCAUCUGAGACGAGCAGCUUUCACCCACUCAACCACAUCU